AUGGGACCAAAGCUGAACUUGGAGUAUUUGACAGCAGAUGAAUGUGAGAAAAUUAUUGAAGUUUUGCAGAAAGAUUUGGUUUUGCAGCAUCUUGAACAGCAGAGAAUUUGGAGAAUCAAUGAAGAAGUUAGUGACAAUAACGAACUGUGUAAGAUAUUAUCAAAACAAAACUCUUUCAAUGAAAGUAACUGUUUGUUCUGCUUUUUAAAAUUUCGUCUGCUGUUCAGAAGAAGAAUCAAAUGUAAGUUAUGCACUUAUAAUUUCUGUGGCAGUUGUUGCGUAUUUGAUAACUAUCAUGGCGACUACCUCUGCAGAUUUUGUGUAAAGAAGAGAAAAUGUGAGCGUCAGUCUAUGGAAUGGUUUUAUUCAAAAGUUAGAACGAAAUUUAGACGCACUGGAAGUUCCAAGAUAAUUAGAUAUUUGUGCCAGAGAAACUCACUGCCAUCUCCCCAGUCUAAAUUGAAUGAAAAUAUUGAAGAAAGCUCUAGUGCUGUUGGUGCCUGUACUCCAGAACCUUUAUCUAGUGACACAAGUUUGACGAGACUUCUGGAUAAGUUUGCAAACGUUCAGAAUGAAUUUGUGAGCACAGCAUCUGCCAUCAGUGAUAAUGCCCAAGAAUUGUUGAGUAUGGAGAUGUCUAUGAAUGUUCUAGAGGAUAAAUUGAACUUUAUGGACCUAGAUAAUCAGCAGAGAAACAAGAGUUUCAGCUACAACAACCUCUCUAACAAUACUAGUGAGCAUAGAAUGAUGGAUUUAGCCGCUGAUCAGAUUUGUGACAUCACAUCAUCGGCACUUCAUCUAAUUGAAAAAACUGUUAGCUCCCAAUAUAAAAAUGAUGAUAACGAUAAUACUGAUGAUGAUGAAGGAGGAACGGAUCAAGAAGAUGAUGUUGUUGGUACAGAUGAAACAACUCAAAAUUAUAAUGAUGAUCUCAGUGAUGUUAUAAACUGGCUGGAUGAUAUGAAGAUGAAUCACAUGAAUGAUGAUGAGAGUAGUAUCAGCAAAACUAACAGCAGACGCUAUGGUGAUGGUUAUAAAUCUAACAAUAGGACAUAUUCUGAAGUAAGAACAGACCUACAACACUCAAAGCAUUUGAAGGUUAUCGAAAAGGAUAUUUACAAAGUCUACAGUAAUGCCAACAUGUUAGAGGAUAAAGUGAUGGAACUGAAAGGAGAAAUUGAAAGUAAUAACUAUAACGAUGACGUCAUUGAGAACGACGUCAACAUAUAUGAAAACAAAGUUGUUAAUGUCAUCGCUGAUGUUAUAAUCAAUGAUGAAAAGGUGAAAGAUAUAAGGCGGAACUUGAACAGAGUUAUUGAAGAUAAUAACAACUGA